UGCGAAUAGGCUUUUCGCUCUUCCGGAGUAUCAAAGGGCAAAAAGGAUAGGGAUUUACCUAUCCAUGCCGUCGGGAGAACUGUCGACAUCGACCAUAGUUCAAGAUGCCUUGAAGAAUGGCAAGGAGGUUUUUGUACCAUAUAUACAUACCGUUGAAAUCCCAUCGACCCAUCAGAAAGUCUCCGUCAUGGACAUGUUAACUUUGGAGUCGAUGGAAGAGUUUACAUCUCUUACGCCCGAUAAAUGGGGGAUUCCUUCUCUGACUAAAGCGCGGGCUCUCAAGAAGAAAAACUGUUUUGGGAGGGUCGGGAUUUCGGGCGCAGAGAGCGACGAGGUUUCCGGGGAUUCCUCAGGUUUAGAUAUGAUCCUGAUGCCGGGAAUGGCCUUCGAUCCCCAGUUUAGAAGACUAGGCCAUGGCAAAGGUUAUUACGAUAGUUUCCUAGCCAAAUACUCGAAGUGGGACACGCAAACCCAGCGAACCCUGGCCGAAAUGCCUUUACUUGUCGCCCUCUCUCUCAAGGAGCAAACGCUUUCCCCACCUGAAGAAAUACCCGUUACAAGUCAUGACUGGCCAGUAGAUGUCCUCAUUGUUGGCGAUGACCAGUGUUUUGUGCGCCAACGGUGAUCUUGAAAAGCCCAAAAACAGUUUCCUCUCAUGUCCCCAGAUCCGUCUAUUCAAUCGUGUGCAUGGGACCCAUCCUCCAGCGGUCAGGUGUAAAUAGUUGGGAUUAGAUUUUCGUAACAGGGAGAAAAUAGCAACGAGCUUUUAUUUUAAAUGGCAGUGGAGAGUUAGAUGCCAAGUGAGGCGCGUUUCGAAUCACUGAACAGCUUGGAUGAGCGACACAUUGUCACCCUUUAGCAAUAUCUGACCUGUAUGCACAUCCUGCGUCAGCAUCACGGGCCAUAAGCA